AUGCCGCUUCUACGUAAGAAACCCUUUCAACGUUUACAUGUAUCUUCGGACUUUAAGGAUGACGAUGAAGUCUUCCACUGCGAGGUUACCAAUGAGAUCUUCAAGGACUACAAUGAAUACUGUGAGAGGAUUAUUUUGUGUAACUCUUUGGUAUGGUCCUGCAGCAUCACAGGUCGAUCGAAUUUGACCUAUGAAGAAGCUUUACAAUGUGAAGAAAAUGCAAAGAAAAGUCUUAAGGAUUUUCCAAUGGAGUUGAGGAUUCCAAUUUUAUAUCUUGCCACUAAAACUUCAAGAAGCUCUUUCAACGAAAUGAUGGAGGAUGUAUAUCAAUUUGCACGAGAUCGUUAUUUUGUAGGUGAAAUGGUUGAAGCCAGUUUCACUGAAGAUUCCUGGUGCGAAUGUUAUGUUCUUCAGGUAAUCGAACCAACAGAACAAGAAAUCAAAACAUUCUUUAAAGAAAAUAGCAGAAGUCCACAAGAAAGACAAUACCAUCCACCAGCUAGAUUAUUCCGUUACGAAGUGGAACAGUUGGACUGUGGCGAAUCGGGCGUUAGCCAGUUGAUGAUAGUGGAAGCUGCACAGAUCAGGCGAAGAAAACAACAUUUCAGCAGAGAACGUAACAGGAUCUUUCUGCGACAGCUUUGCGAACAAAAUACAAAUGGAAUAUGGGUCGUGAAGGAAAAUGUCUUGCAAAAGUACAGUUUAAGCAAGACGCGAUUCGACACGAUAUUUGCUGGCCCUAUGCCAAACUUCACUCCGCGUAUAAAAAAACCUGUAAAACAGAAGCAAGAAUCCAUAGAGAAGUUCCUGACAGGUAAUAUGGCGAAGCACAGGGCGUUCGAAAAGCCUGACCCGUUGAGAAAGGUGAAUGAUACUGGAGGCGUUAUUAAAAAAUUUCGCAAACCAAGCAAGCUAAAUGGCAAGUUCAAGGAAGAGCUCAAAGCUAAAGCCCUUGAACGGAAGGCUAAGCGUCAGGAAGAAAAAUUGGAGGAACGUGAGAGAAAGAGAGAGCAGAGGGCAAAGUCAGCAGCCUUUGCAUCGUACAUAAGAGGGUGGAACAAACCUAGGGAGGAUCUCGAAUGCGAAGAUCUUUGUCCACUUCUGGAACCGACACCCGUAAAAUGUAAUCUACCAAACGAAAAAUUCGGUGACUUUGCAAUGAUCCUGGAGUUCCUACAAUUCUUCCACGAGGAAUUGGACGUUGGCACAUACUUUCCAAAUGGACUGAACUUGGAUUUGCUGGAGAAGGCGAUGUUGGAAAAGGAAGUUUCAGGACCAUGGAGUGAUCUUCUCCAGCUUCUACUCGCUAAUAUCUUCAUAUAUCAAGCUGAGGAGGAAGAUGAAAUUCAUGCGGAUGGUGCAAACCUGACCGACGAUACGAGUAUAGAUCAAGGAGUCUCCUCAAUGGCAGAAGCUGUAAAACUGGCAACGAUAGCCUCGACUUGGUGUCAGACUCAUCAGGGAUGUCAAUUGUCUAAGCUCACCUUGGAUCAUGCUACUCUCAGCGAGAUCCUAAGACAACACCUUCUAAGUUCCGGCGGUCGGAUAAGUGAACUUGCCUCAAAAUGGCGAUAUUCUCAAAGAGGUGGUUACACGAAUCACGAUGACCCUGCACUUUUUCUCCGAAUAAAUGAACCCCGUAUCUUGAGAGCUCUCGGUCAUAGGAGUGUCUGCGAAUUUGACAUGGACGAUAGACUGAAAGUUGUGAUUUGCUUAAUUAAUCAGCUCUUGACGUUCGCUUCGAUACGCGAUGUCAUCGAGGAAAGGCAUGAGAAAGUUCAUCAAGUAAAGAGAGAGCUAAAAUCAUUCCUGAUAGCUGAGCAAAAAAUGAAAAAGGAAGAACGCGACAGGAUGAAAGAAUUGAGAAAAGAAGGUAAACUCGAUAGCGACGAGCCGAAACCGAAAAAAGUUACUCGGAAUAAUUGUGAAGAGGAAAAAAGAAAAGAGGAGUACGAGAGCAAGCUCAAAGAAUUACAGGAAGCCACUAAUAAUGAUCAGAUGAUGCUGUAUUUAGGAUCGGACAGAGCUUAUCGUCGAUACUAUCGAUUUUUGUCCAUUCCAGGUCUGUUCGUUGAAGACGAUGAAAGGUGGGGAGGCAAUUGUUUGCCUGGAGGGACACCGUACAAUCCAGAACUACAGGACGGAGAAUCAGCGUACGCUUAUUUAAUGAAUAAAUUUGAGGAUGAAUUCUGCGACAAAGAAAACAGUGUUAAAAAAAACAAGAAAUCUCCAAAAAAAGUUACAUUCGCUGACAAGAACGGAGUAAAAUCUGGAAGAAAGGAUGCCAAUGUAAAAGAAGAAACGAAACUCGAACUCAACGAGAUUAGAAAAAAUUUAAGAGCUUGUACUGGGGAUAAAUCCUGUCCGGUACAUUGUAAAAAAUCAGGUCCCACGUGGAACUUUUAUGGAAGAGUCGAAGACGUCGAGGCUGUUAUUAAUGCUCUGAGCACGCGUGGUAUUAGAGAGAGCGAAUUACGAAAUAAUUUAAUUCAUGAAAAAGCUAGUUUAAUAUCAGUAAUCGAAGAAUGCUCUAGGCAAAAACUAAAUCCUGAAGUCUUCAAGGAACCAAUUAAGGAGUUCACGAGCAAGACCAACAAGAAGAAUAAGUACGAGAAUGCAAAUUGGGGUUACUCGCCAGAUAUGCCAACCGACAGUGUAAUGGAAUUGUCUUUGCGCGAUUUCAUAUUAGACCUGGAAGAUAAAAUUAAAGUUGGCUGCUUGGGAUCCUUGAAAGUGAUCAGUCGAGAGACUUGGAGAAACGCUAUUAGUAAGGGUAGUUACGACAAACAGUGUGAUAAACUAAUGUAUGGUGCCAACGAAAUAGAGGUAGACGUCGCACCGAAUGUUAUUGUUGACAAAAUAAAGAGUGAAACGAAACACAGUCGACCUGGCACACCGGACUCUGAAGUUGGUAGUGUUACCAUGAAAGUUUAUCGUGAUCCAGGAAAAUACUUAGGUCCACCAGGGGAAAACGAACCCUUACCCGAUCCAGUGCAGCAAACAUCUAUAAGACAAAUGGCGUGCGCGAUUCUUCAGCUGUCUCGCGCGAUUGAGCCAAAAUAUAUGAAGAGACCAUUGGGCGUUGAUGAGAAAGACAAAAAGUGGUCCAGCGAGGAGGCUAGAGAACGGUGGGAACAAUCCUUAAUGGCUUCUACGAGUUGGUCCCAAUUAUUUGUUCACCUGAAUACAUUGGAGAACAGCGUGGCCUGGAGCAAGAGUGCCCUGAAUGCCCAGUGUCGAAUUUGCAGAAAACGUAGGGAUGCUGAAAAUAUGCUUCUGUGCGAUGGGUGCAACAAGGGACAUCAUCUUUAUUGUCUGAAACCUAAACUUAAUGCCAUUCCCGAUGGAGACUGGUUCUGCACAACGUGUAAACCACGUGAGGCUACACCAAAGGAAAAGAUCAAGAAGAGAAAGAAAUUUGAAGACGAGCCGGAGGAUGAGGCUGCGCUCACCAAAGAAACCCGUAGGAAUCGAGCGAAACGGGUGGCUGAAUCCGAUGAGGAGGAAGAAGAGGAAGAGGAAGAGGAGGAAGAUGAAGAGGACGAGGGAGAAAGUUCUGAGAGCUCAAGUAAACUAAUGGCUCCCUGCUCGUCCAGGUGUGGAUCUGGCAAGAGGGAGGUUAUCUGCGAAGGUUGUCCUGGACGAUAUCACCUAGAGUGCGUUGUACCACCCAUAUCGAGGGUUCCUCGCGGAAAAUGGUUUUGCCCCAUGUGCCGCGAAAAGAGUAGAACGCGAAACGUGAGAGGCCGUGAGAGGGAGAGAGACUCGGAGAGGCUGUGUGCAGCUGCGGCUCGAUCUCGAAUCCACGGUUUCGCCAAGAGCCUUCUCACUACAGAAUCUACAGACUGGGACGACUUUAGCACGUCGGAUGAAGCUGAACCUCGACAAACUAGAAGAGCAACGAAAAGAGCUGCCGAGGUGGAGGAAGAAGUCAAGGAGGACAAGACGACGGUGAAGGGUUCGAUGGCUACUUUGCAUGAAUUGUUGGCGGAUAUAACGCAUCACAGAGAUUCCUGGCCGUUCUUGUCGCCGGUUACAAAGGAAGAAGUGCCGGACUAUCACGAGAUUAUCAAGUGCCCAAUGGAUUUCGGCACGAUCAAGUACAAAUUGGGAAAUGGAGAUUAUAAAACGUUGCAGGAAUUCUACAAGGACUGUCUACUGGUCUUCGAGAAUUGCGAGAUGUACAACAAGGAGAAUAGUUCUGUGUACAAUUAUGUUUACAGGGCGGGCAUGAGGCUUCUCAAGUUCUUCGAGAAGAGGUGCAGAGAACUUGGCUUGAAUUACGGGGAACAGAAACCCGUCCUGGAGUCACCGCCGAGGAAGAAGAUGAGGAUCCAGGAGUCGAAUGGCAUGAAGAUAAACGGAAUAGUCGAUGACAGCGAAGAGGAAGAAAUGGAGGUGGAUAAUGAUGAAGACGAUGACGAGGAAGAGGUAGAGGAAGAAGAAGAAGAAGAAGAAGAGGAAGAGGAGGAUCAGCAUGGUGAUAAUGACGAUGACGAUGAUGACUACGAGGAUAAUAAACACAGUAUAAAGAGUUAGACCAAGAUGAAGAUUUACACCUUGUGUAGCCAUCAUCAUUCCGGUAUUGUUCCCGGCUGUUCAGAAUGUUUAGACACAUCCGCUAUCCAUCACCGUACUCUUAUCUUCCGUGUUGCGUAAGAGACCGAGCUACGUGAGUCUCAUAAAAGCGGACCUGUUCAUCAAGUUAACUAAGACAUUGUUAAUUACCUUCGUUAUCCUCUUAAAGAUGAAAUGUGUGUGCUUGUGAGUGUGUGAACAAUUUUCAAAAUCCACGUGACGACUGAAUCAUUAAGGAAUUCAUAUUCAUUUAUUUUUGCACGUCUUUUUUUGUUUUCCCUUCUUUAUUGCUGCAAAGCCAAUUACAGGCGUCUAAUCUAACCUAAUGCAUUGUUGCACGCACACCGUCUGAUCUCCGCAUAUUUCAUCCGUGAUCUGAGCAAGAUGCAGGAGGAAGGAGUUUUAUUAUUAUUUCCAUUGCCGCAAGUCGCUCCUGCGGUAUUCGCGUACUAUUUACGUUGAUUCUCAGUUGAUCGAUGGUUUCGCCGAAGUUUGGAAUCUUCGAUGAAGCUUCAGCUGCAGAAUGAUUUUUGAAUGUUACUAAGCCGGAGCCAAGUACAAUCUGUGGUUCUCAGUUUAUUUGAGUACCUAAACCUAUACUAUAUUUCCUCGACGUUAGUUGUAUUUAAUAAGUUCUUUUUCUUUCCUCAUAACGAGACACGUAUUUUUGCAUCGCUGAUUAUUUAUUAUUUUAAUUGUAUGCGUAAUUAUAGUAAAACCUCUCACAUAUACCAACUUGACAUUAAGAUAAUUACAGACUUUUAGGAGCAAACAGUCCUUACAUUUUUCAAUAUUCAAUUCUACGUCUGCGAAUUCACUACUGCGACAUAUGAGAUACGGAUUGCAGCAUGCUUGGUUGGUAGUAGGCAGGUAUCGUAUCUACUACAUGAAAAUUUGAAUCUCCUAUUUCCGAAGUUAAAAUAUCGACCUCGAGAAGAUUCCACUGUGCUACUUUUAAAACUUAUAUUCUAUGAAGUCAUGGGAAAGUCGCAGAGUGAUGUUUGCAAUUGAUGAUUUUCUCGCGUUAUUUAAAAUCUGUUUUACAUUUGAUAAAUGAAACAAUAACAGUACUUAUUUUUUAUCUUCAUUAUCGUCCUAGUGCCCCUGUUUCUUACUCCUAUGUUUGUCUCCUUUUGAAAUUUUGAAAGAAUCAGCUCCCAUAAGGUGUCCAAAAUUUAGGCUGGGCCUAUAUAACAAAGUCUAAGGUACAAAAUAUUAUCUGUUGCAUUGUACAGCACAAUCGAAAGGCUCCUUUAUAACGAUGUACGUUUUAUACAAUUAAUUUGGUAAUAAACACCUUUAAAAAUGA